UGAGCCCCUGAGUUUUCUUGUGUAAGUAUUUGUUCUAUCUAAUCCCAAUAUGUCUCUUCUCAUCGUAAAGUUGUUUUACUUGUAGCCCACUUCUCGAGUUGGUCCUUACUACUGCAUAAAACAAAACAAAAAUGGGAUUAAAAUCUCUAUAUAUCUCACUGCUUAUGAUUACACGAAUGCUACUGACAUCGGAUGUCCCUUGGAAUUAAUUCAAAUUCAACCGGAAAAUGUCACUUAUACCUAUCAACAAAACACGUAAAUAAUAUUGCUAAGUCAUCUGAAACAUCUGCUCUCAAGGUUUCUCACUCUUUUGACACCAUUCAAAAAAAGAGCUUGUCGCACCGUGAGCGAAGGAAAGAACUAAUGUACCAACCAAAGAAAUAAGUCGGUAAGACACACUUUUGUUUUAAAAGACUGAAGCCGUUCGUCUUAUCACUUAUUAAAUUUCGUAAAUGUAAACAACAAAUAGAAAGAGAAAAUUGCUUUUCACAGUCGCAAACCGACACAGAAAUGUUAUAUUAUUCGAUAUUAAUCAUUUCAACCCUACUUUUUACCAUGUUGUCCUAGGUUUUACAUGCCUUGAUUAAAACCUCCUUUCAGGACUUAGUAAACGGGCCGGGCAAUCCUCUUUUCAACAAGGUAUAAAGCCGCUCUCAAAGAGCUAUAACCGAUCUGAUUGGGGAAGCAGAUUUAAUGAAGAAACCUGUCCAGCAAAGUUCCGGUCAAUGACAUGUUCCUAGUUCAUGACAGAUGACAAGGUGAAAAAGAAGAAAAAACGCGCUCUCGCUGUAUUCUGACUCAGAUUGAGUACUGUUCAAUUAUAUCGCGAUGAAAUUCGGAGCCAAUCUGUGUGACGAAGUAUGGGCACCGUUUUCUACGUCGGUCACUACUGCUUGUGUUUCAGCCAUUUUGUGUGUAAUCACAGUUCCCGGCAACUUGCUUAUUUGUUGGGCCAUCAUCAAAGAUCCAAACAACGAACUGAAAUCAUCCUUCAACUAUCUGAUUUUAAACCUGGCCAUUGCGGAUUCGUUCAUUGGACUCGUUACCGAGCCAGUGUUUGUUUGGUAUCAUAGCUCCGAGGCAAUGAGGCGCGAAGUCCUUGGUCUGCGUUGGUUAGUAUACAUGUCAUAUUUUAUGACCUCCACAGCUUCAGUGUUAAGCAUAGCUGCACUGGCAACAGAUCGCUAUUUAGCUGUGACUUCCACAACCAUAAGGAAACUCUCUUCGACAAGUGCUAUUACUGCAUCUAUCGCGAUAUGGAGUUUUUCCUGCAGUUUGCCUUUUCUCUAUUUCGCGACAGGUUUCUACACUUUGGCCUUCAUCUUUGCCAACACGACGAUAAUCUUAACCCUCAUACUGCUACUUUUCUACUUCGUUCGCAUCGUUAAGAGCCUUAACGCUCACGAGAAGCACAUGGCAUCAGUUCUGGGACAGAAUGUGCAACGUCGAGGGCUUCUCAGAGAAAAACAAGCAACGAAAUGUUUUUUACUCAUUUUACUGUUUUUCUUUGUAUGUAGUUUUCCAUCUUGUGUCAUGAUUUACGUCAUUAAUUUAUGCAGCACGUGCAGUUGUGUGGUUAUACACUGGUGUAGAGACCUUCAGUACUUGCUAGUACUACUGAACUCUUCAUCUAACCAGUUUUUGUACGCGUGGAGGAUGAAUAGUUUUCGUCGAGCGUUUGGACGAAUUCACCCGUUCCUUUCUAGCUGGGAAGCACAGCAGAGAAACUCAGCUGUCUCACAAGCGCCUUCGAAUCCCGCUGACCCUGCUAUUAUGGCGGAAUAAUAAAAGGUUAUAAGGUUCGUUCUCGUAAUAGUAUUAGAGAAGUAUAACCACUGGACCAAUUUGUUUUUAUAAUCCGCAGCAAAACCACUAAAAUUGAUUGGACGAGAACUUACACGUCAUACGUCUCAUGGUUUCCGUAGCGUGAAGCGACCUAAUACCCCGUCCCCCAAACCCAGCAUUUAGUCAGGUUGCACUGUACCAGUGAUCUGCCAGUAUUCCUUGUCUAUACUCCUGGUGGAGAGAGGCACUAAGUGUCCUACCAAGAGCCUAGGCCAUGGGUUGCUCCCAGAUCAUGGCAGCACUUCAACUCCUGGACUGCUUGAUAAUGACCACCAUACCAAGUAAAGAGUUUUCCAAACUUUGUUGGUUGCGUCGAUUUUUUUAUUCAUGUAGGUAUUUACAUCUAUCUAUUUAUUUAUUAAUCUUACUUAUCUCCUACUUUUCAUUUAAUUGGUGAAGAAUAAUGCCAAAAACAAGGCACGCAGUGUCAAACAAGAAGCUUCGGAAAGCUUAAAACAUGAUAGUUAGACAUGCAUUUUGUACUAAUAAAAACACAUUUUUAUCUGCAUUUCCCGCUCGAGAAAAGGUCGCAUGUAUUAUGUUUUAUAAACGUUCACCACGUGAUACUCGAUGCGUAUUGCCACUGUGAUAACAGUCCCCAUGUAAGUUCAGCUACCAGUAGCGGAUCUAGGGGAGGGGCCCGGGGGGCCUGGG